AUGCCGUCCAUCUCCAUCGACCCUCCGCGCAGCGCCGAGCGCCGCCGCCGUGGACGAGGAGUCGACGUCAUGUCAGCUAUGCCCACGCCCGAAAAGCCGCAGCUCCACUUACCGACGCCCGUGACCCAGCGUCGCCGGACAGACACCCUCGCACCGUCUGAUCACUCUGGCAUCCACCUUCCCACGCCCCAGACUCUUCCACGCAAGCGCGGAUCCCCCAGCACCGAGGAUCCCGCGUCACCAACAGGGCACACCCAGUUCUUCUUUGCACAGUCGGCCGCUGAGCCUUCUGAGCCUGCUGAGCGGGUGCCGCCACGGAGACGGCCCGGACUGAUGUUUGCGCAGCAGAUGGGGCUAACGCAGGCGGAUGGGACGUCUGAUAUCAAGUUUGGCGCAAGGCUUGGUGUUGGCGUGGGAAUGGGCGGAGUGAUGCGCAGCUCGCACGGGCCUGUCGACAAGGUGACUGUCGACCACCAUGAAAACCCUUUCCUUGUGCAGCCGUCCAGCUCGCGCACGGCCAACCCGUUCCUUUCCUGGUCGUCUUCCCAGUCUCGGCCUGUCCCGCCUACGCCUGGAACUGAGACGUCCUAUGUUCCUCAGGCAUUGCGCCCGAGCGAGGAGCGUUCCCUGUCACCGCACCCUCGGAGACGCCCUCGCGUCCCUGUUGGGCUCGACCGCACUUCGGAAGCGUUAACCGCGGCCGCACGGCGACAGGCGAUGAUGGACGAGGAUAACCCAUUCAUCGCGAAGCCGGGAGAGGUGGUGCGCGCAAACCCGACUCGGGAAGACAGCCCGCAUGUCACCUAUGUUUUCCGCGGAUCCAAGAAGGUGUUCGCCAACCCGUUCUUCCCUCCCGAAACGGAGUAUGCACCAUCUCAACUCGACCCGACACACCCGGACUUUGACCCACAUCCCUGCCCGAAACCUCGUCUGCUGUUCCCAACGCCUGCGAUACCCGUCGCACCCGCGACGCAGCCCGAGCCCGAGACGCCACCACGAACGCAUCGCACCCUCGCGGGCUUCCAGUCGAUGGACGUGGACCAGGGGCCGAUCGGCGACGACGACGAUCUGCAGGCUGACCUGGUUGACGACAGUGAUGAGGAGGAGGAGGAGGAGGAGGAGAUGCCGGCGCGGCGUGGCAUGCUAUUUGGGCCUGGAGGAAUGAAGCGCGACAGAGGGUCGUCUGGCUUUAAAUCGCGUAAGCGUGCACGUGCGUAG